GGCUGGCUUGGUUCAGUACAAAUAAAGUAGUGGAGAGGAGACUGCAGAGGAUCCUCAUUGAACAUAUCUAUCUUUUCCAUCCCAACAUCAGCAGAUCUAUCCCUGACCUGAACUCCCGGCUUUUCAGUCUCUCUCUCUCUCUCUGGCUGUCCCCAGCAGUCUCUACUUCGACCUCAAUAGUAUUCGUUGAUCGUUUGCCAGGGACCAAAAACACCAAUAAGAAUGGGAGAAGGGAGAGAAGGAGAUUGGGAAUGCGCGGGGUGCCGGAACAGAAACUACGCGUUCAGAUCGUUCUGCAACAGAUGUAAACAGCCUCGGCUUCUUGUCGACACCAAAACUCCUGCCGAUUCUAAAUGGCUCCCUCGCAUUGGUGAUUGGAUCUGCACUGGUUGCAGUAACAACAAUUAUGCGUCAAGAGAAAAGUGCAAAAAGUGCGGGCAACCAAAGGAGGUAGCAGCAAUGCCAGCAAUUGCAAUGCCUGGAGUUUCUCUCCCGACUUAUGCACAUUAUUUUGCCAGGGCACAAGGAGGACUGAAGAUGAAUAUGGGGAUAACAAGCAACCCUUCUCUUCAGCAAUCAUUUCCAUUGAAUCCUAAUUGGUCGCUUGGAGUGGCUGAUAAAUAUGGAGUCCAGUCAACUUCUGGUUGGCCUUUAGGUGGGAGUAGUAGUGCUUCACUUCCAUAUACAAACAAUACAAAUCAGGUUCUUAUGGUUCCAAAAGGAUGGCGCAAUGGAGACUGGAUAUGCUCCUGUGGUUUCCACAACUACUCUUCCCGUGCACAAUGUAAAAAAUGCAAUGCUUCCUUACCAUCAACUACACCUUCAUCUGCAGAAAAUGCAGCUGUAACAGAUAUGUUUCCGACACUUGGAAUGAAACGGUUGGCAUCAGAGGAGUUUGUCAACGAGUGGGACAACAAGAGGCUAAAUGCAGGGGAUAUGAAGAACAAUCUUCUGAUGCAUGGACAGCAGCAACCAUAUCAGGGAUUUGAGCAGAUUGGAGGAUCCAGUGGUGAUCAGGCACCUGGGCUGUAUACUCCUUAUCCCAGUGGAAAUUUUGCAACAGCACCAAUCUUACAAGUACAAAUGCAAUUACCACAGAUGGCAACGAUGCCUACACUUCUGGGGAAAGGUGCAAAGCAAUGGCGUGAUGGAGAUUGGAUGUGCACAAAUUGCAAUAAUCAUAAUUUUGCUUCUAGAUCACAAUGUAAUAGGUGUAAAAUUCAAAGAGAUGCACUUAGUCAGCCUGUAAAUGCAUAGGUGGCAAUUGUUUGGAGGGUUUGGUGUUGUAACUUUUACUGGUUUGUCUUGAGGUUUAUUUUGGAUAUCAAGUUGCAAUAGAAAGGUGAAGCUUCUUGUAAUUGCAGUUAUUUUUAACUCUUUUUUUUUGUUUCCUCCCAAGGUAUUAAAAAUCGGUUUGUCAUAAACAAUGCUACUUUAAGAGUGGUCUAUCGAUAAAUUUUAUAGCUGUCAGAUGAGCAGUACUGAAUUCUUUCUGU